CUGCUCCGUAGUAGUACUCGUCUCUGCCACAGCUGAAGGACAAGAGGAAGGAUGGCUCCCAAAACCAUGGAACCGUUUGCACGGAAAAUCUUUAAAGGCGUUUUGUUAUUAGAAGUUGCUGGUGUGGUCGGAGCUUAUUGUCUGUUUCAAAGGAUGAACACCAGUCAAGAUUUUAGAAAUACAAUGAAUCGGAGGUUCCCAUCCAUUUUGGAAGUUUACUACAAGUCGAAUGAGUGGGCAGGGAUCUAUGGGAUCCGGGAAAAGGAUCAUGAAGCAUGGUCCAGUAAAAACGAAGCGUAGAGAGUUUUGGCAUCCCUGCCACGCAGCCAGUCGUCUCGCUGAGUCUCCCACUUGAGCUGCUUGAUGUCUGGAAGAGAAGAAAUCAAAUCAAGCAGCCAUGUCAUUUAAAUCUGCAAAGGACAUCCCCUUAGUAAAUCAUACAUAUCGGAGGAUAAGUGUGAUAACUACAGGGCGCAUUGAGUGUGAGGAGUGACCAGCAGUGGAGAUGGGAAAUUUGAAAUGUUUUUACUCUCCUUUAUAAAAAAGUACUACCUGAGGUCAAAAUGGAAUUCAAUUAAAAGUUAAAUGAUUUCUACCA